AUGGACUUCCAGACCUUUGAUACCACAUCAUUGAUUCCGUCACAAGUCAACCAACUUCUAUCAAACCUGAAUAUGCUCCGAGGCUUAGAAGGGCCAACAAAGGAAAGAAUGCCCCGAUCGGCGAUCGACGAUUCCGCUUCUCCGCCGCCGUCGACCUCGCCGCCGUCUGAGCCCCGAUCGGCGAUCGACGAUUCCGCUUCUCCGCCGCCGUCGACCUCGCCGCCGUCUGAGGUAACAAUAUGCCCCGAGGGAGACGAUUUAGAGAUGUGGAGUUCCAGCAUUCUCAGGUGGGAUCUACUUCUGAUCAGUCCCAGCAGUCAUGUGAGCACCAGCAGCAUGAGUCAGAAUCUCAGCGCGAGCCUCCUGCUGAUUGUCCGGAGGAUGAGCUCCGGAUCCAGGAUGGACAAGGGACGGUGAGGACGAGACGGGGACCCACCCAAGCAAAGGAUGUGUGGA